AUGGCUUAUCGAGGAAGAAAAWCAAGUGAGUUUGACAAACUCCAGAAGGAGAACUCUCAGAUGAAGAGGGUCAUCGAAAACUUGAGGAAGCAAAACAUGGCUUUAAACCAACAGGAUGACCAGGACAAGUUUUCAAGUUUUGGCUAUCAGGAGAGCUACUCAAUCCCAGAGGGCCAUCGUGGCUUCAUCAGCGAUGCCAGACUUCUGCAGAUGCAGAGAGCUGAGAGAGAGGCCAUGGAAGUAAAGCAAAGAAAGAUAAGUGCUGUCCACGAUAAUUAUGUCCGGACUGCUCUCAUCGGGGUUGGCAGCACCUUCGYGCACCACUUCGUCCCCUCUAUUCAGUGCCUUCCGUGCCCGAAAGCUCCACUGAGGCCUUUGCCGCGAAGGCUGGAACACAUAGCUCUGGCCCCACUGAAGAACGUGGUGGGGGUGGACGGAGCCCAAGUUCCACCCGGAUCUCACUCUCUGGAGUCUAUCCAGGUAAAGAAGUUAUGCAGUAGCGUGCGUCCUGUUCCCGUCCCUCCCACUGGAGCUCCCUCCAAGAUGGGCAAGAAGAAGAAGGGCAGGCGGGGAGUCAAGGCCCUGAAAGUCCAGUCAGACCAGGGCUGUGCUGACAACAAUGGACCCAUUGACCUGUUGAAGGAGGUGAGGGCCAUCGAGGCUCACUUGAAGGAGGAGGCCUGGAAGGUUGUACAAGAGGUGAAGGCCAUGGGCAGAAGUUUGGGCUCGGUUAUGUCCAUGAGGGAAAUAGACACCAGCUCUCUGGAAAGCCUGAGCUCAGUGGAUAUGAACACCCCUGCAGAGCUCCGUGACUACUUGGAAGUCGGGACCCCGGUCACGUCAUGUGACACCACACCCAGGCCUGCUACCUCUCUUACCAAGCCCAGGAGCGAACUGCCUCGGCCAAUAAGGUUCCUGAGCCUGCCAAAGGCUGCCACCGGCUCAGACAAGAAGGCAGCCAGUGAGCCAAAGGGCCAAAUAAAGAAGAGUCAGGACCAGGCCAGAUUGCAGCCCCUGUCCAACCCAGAGCAGGCCCUGACUAAGACCUUCAAGCUGCUCCGCUCUGCCUCCGAUGACUGGGAGAAGAAGAUUGAGGGUUUGACCUCUCUCCGUGCGAUGGCUCAGAACCACAUGGACAUGCUGAUGCCUAAACUCCACGAUAUCUGCCUUGCCAUUAUAAAUGAGGUGAAGAACCUGCGCUCUGCAGUGUCCUGUGCUGCCAUGGCCACACUGGGUGACAUGUACAUCUACCUCCAGAGGGCCAUGGACAGUGAGGUGGAGAUGACGGCACGCGUACUGCUGCACAAAGCCAGUGAGGCCAACACCUUCAUCCGGCAGGGCGCAAACAUUGCCCUGGGUCACAUGGUGCAGAGCUGCACCCCUACCCGUGUCAUGAAUGCCCUGCUGGUCGGUGGGCUGAGCCACCGUAACGCUGCGGUGAGGAGCUGCACUGCUCAGCACCUGGAGAGACUGGCUGAGGUCAUGGGGAUGGCUCAUCUCCUGUCGGGGAAGAAAGACCUCACUGACCGUUUCUUGAUUGCCGUCAGUAAACUGGCUGUGGACCCUGCACAGGAAGUCAGGUGGGAAGUUCAUCCUGUAUAG